AGUGCUGUACGACGUGGUUGCCGGCGUGCUGUACGUGAUCUACCUGUGUCUGUUCAUGUACCUGCCCCUCCAGUCCCUGCUGUACUAUGACCUCCCCACGGCCUCCUCCUUCAUCGUCCUCUGUCCGCAUGUUCAUGAAGACCUGGGCAUUUGUGCGGAGUAAUUCAGGGCGGGCGCGAAGCUACAAGAAGAAUGACGACACCUCAAGUAAUGGCCAAAACACCUCGAUCCUCUGCCCAGACUUCUCCCACUACCUCUACUUCCUCUUCGCCCCCACGCUGGUCUACAGGGACGAGUAUCCGAGGAACGAGAGCUGUGACUGGCAGAAGGUGUUGAACGACUUGGGUCAGGUCGUUGGCUGCCUCUUCUAUAUUCACUUCCUCUUCGUGCGGUUCUGUGUCCCGGUCUUCCAGAGGUUUGGCCGGGAGUCCUUCAAUGGGACUACGCUGCUGGUGGGGAUGUUCUCCUGCAUGUUUCCGGGCUCACUUGUGCUCCUCUGCAGCUUCUUCGCCAUCCUGCACGCCUGGCUCAACGCCUUCGCAGAGAUGAUGAGGUUCGCCGACCGCAUGUUCUAUAAGGACUGGUGGAACUCGACCUCCUACGCACGCUUCUACCGGACGUGGAACUGUGUGGUGCAUGACUGGCUCUACGAGUAUGUGUACCGUGAUAUUGUCAACUGGCAGAGGCGUCAAGGCGAGGGCUGCAUCCGCCUGCGCUGCCUCCCCAUGCUGGUGGUGUUUUUCAUCUCCUCGGUGGUGCAUGAGUACAUCCUCGCCUUCGCCUUCAGGUUCUUCUACCCCGUCCUGCUGGUCAUGUUCGGGGGAUUUGGCGUGGCCUUCAUGUUCGUCAACACCAAGGCGCGCAAGUUCAACAUCUUCCUGUGGGUGACGCUGAUCCUGGGCACGGGCAUCCUCAUGUGUCUGUACAGCAUGGAGUGGUACGCGCGCAUCAACUGUCCGCCGACCUACGAUGGCUUCUUGGACUACGUUGUUCCUCGGAGUCUCAACUGUGAAUUCUCGUCCAACUGAACCUUAAUAAAUAGUCUGCCAGCGGUCCAUUUGGCUGAGUCUAUGGCCUGGAUUCUCACAUGCUCUUGGCUCUCACAACAACCAUUUCCAAGGCCACAAAGGAGAUUAGUCGAGUUCUCAUGAGUGUUACUACAUGUUAAUGGUGCAGAAACCUUGCCAGACUAUCACUAGGCUCGUAACACUACCUAUGGAAAUACUAACACAACCUCUACCAAAGCCUUAUACCUCAAAAUGUUGGAGAAUAUGGGCAUAAGUGUCACCCCUCCACAACAUGUCCUCAGCCUGUUCAGAGCUUGUCCACAUCCCUGCCAGCAUAGUGCCUUUAUCAGUGCCAGACCUCACAAUUUGGCACCACAGCCUUCAGGAAUAUGUGCAAAGCCUCUGCCCUUAUCUCCCUUGGCACCCUUCCCAGCAGCCUUGGCACUCUUCACAGCAGCCUUGGCACCCUCACAGCCUGUCCACAGCCUUGCCAGUGCCAGGAACAAACAACACAGAUUUAAAGACACAGUAUAGUGCAAAGUUAAAAAGAUUUAUUCUUUGAAACAGAUCAAUUUCUCAUGUGCUUCGAGAGGUGGAAAACUCCCCCACAACACGAAACGUUCCUGUUGACUAGUCUGACUCGUGCCAAAUGAAUAACGUUCCUAUGCACAUCUGCCUUAACAAGAGGGACCAUGGUGUGCUUGUGUAGCUGUAGAAUAGGAGCAUGUGGCCAGUAUGUCCUAGGUAUGGUCAGGCCCUUGAAGAAGUACUUAGAGCCUCAAAAAACUCUAUUGUAUCAGCAUCUCUCUUUCAGCCACCUCAUCAGCAUCUCUCUUUCGGCCACCUCUUUGGAUU